GGUUUCCCUGUUCAGAACAGAUGGUCCUCCUCGAUGCAUGAGGUCAUUUACGAGCAGCAUUAAAGAAAAGCAUGGCGCAUGUUCCCUUUUCCUCCUUCCACCCAAAGAAAAGAAUAGACCAAAACCAUUCCCUCCUCUCUUCUGAUCCCUCCCUUCGAUUUUUCCCAAAAAUACCCCCUUCAAAACCACCACACAAACACAAAUCACACCCUUCAAUAUAUUGCACCUCUUCUGCUCCUCCUUCAUGGCCUGUCUCUAUGGCCUCACCCACCUUCUGCUUCUACACCUGACUCUCUUCCCUCCAACCCACGCUCUCUCCCCAGCAAACUCACUCAUUUUCGCCCUCAAAACCCAAGCAACCCCACAUGGGCUGUUGCCAAGAGCUUCUCCCACGGAUAAGCUCCCUUUCUACCACAACGUCACCCUCACCAUCUCGCUCGCCGUGGGCUCGCCCCCGCAACGAGUCACCAUGGUCCUCGACACCGGGAGCGAGCUCUCUUGGCUCCACUGCAAGAGAUCGCCCGACCUCAACUCCGUCUUUGACCCGGCCUCCUCGAGAACCUACUCGCCCGUCCCUUGCUCCUCACUCACUUGCCUGACCAGGACCCGGGACCUGCCCGUACCAGCCUCCUGCGACCCGAACAAGCUCUGCCACACCGCCAUCUCCUAUGCGGACGCGUCCUCUAUAGAGGGCAACCUCGCGUCCGAGACCAUAUCCGUCGGGUCGUCCUCCCGAGCCGGGUUCCUGUUCGGGUGCAUGGACUCGGGCCAGAGCAGCAACAAAGAAGAGGACUCCAAGACCACCGGGUUGAUGGGCAUGAACCGCGGGUCGCUGUCUUUCGUCACUCAAAUGGGCUUCUCCAAGUUCUCGUAUUGUAUCUCGGGCUUCGACUCGUCGGGGAUUUUGCUCUUCGGCGAAGGCCGCGACGCGAGCUUCACGUGGCUCAAGACAUUGAAUUACACUCCACUCGUCGAAAUGUCCAUUCCGUUGCCUUAUUUCGACCGGGGCGCGUACACGGUCCAACUGGAGGGAAUAAAGGUUUCAGAUAAGCUCUUGGCCCUCCCGAAAUCGGUCUUCGUGCCGGAUCACACGGGGGCGGGCCAAACGAUGAUCGAUUCGGGCACCCAAUUCACCUUCCUUCUAGGGCCAGUCUAUGCUGCGCUGAAGAACGAGUUCACACGGCAAACGGAGGGCGUCCUGCGGGCCUUGGAAGACCCGAAUUUCGUGUUUGAAGGCGCGAUGGACACGUGUUUUCUAAUCGACCCGAACCAACGGGGUCUGCCUGGUUUGCCCCGGGUAAGCUUAAUAUUUCGAGGCGCGGAAAUGAGUGUGUCGGACGAGAGGCUAUUGUAUCGGGUACCCAGUGCGACAAGGGGGAGCGAUAUGGUGUAUUGCUUCACUUUUGGGAACUCCGACUUAUUGGGAUUGGAGGCGUUCGUGAUUGGUCAUCAUCAUCAGCAGAACAAGUGGAUGGAGUUUGAUUUAGUCAAGUCAAGAGUUGGAUUGGCCGAUGUUAGGUGUGAUAUUGCCAGUCAAUGGUUAGGGAUCACUUCAUAGUCUCAAUUAUAUUGCAUAAUCAGCGGAAUAUCGAGAUUGAUAUCAAAUUGAUAUAUCAAACGAUGUGGCAAACGAUGCACGGAUAUUUGAUCAAAUGGGUCCGACUCAGAAUCCAGUAAGAAUCCGCUGCAUCACUUGGCUUGUCGAUUUUAGAAAUAAUUCUUAAUAUUUAUAGCAUUUAGUUGGAUGAUAACAGCCAGUGGUAUCUUUUUGAAUGUUGUGGGCCUUCAGUUUCCAAUCCAUGGCUCACCUUGGUGCAGUAUUAAUUGUUGCCGAUGCUAAGGUGGCCCCUUGGUCGGAGAGUCUGGGUAUGGGGAGCGCAGGAAAUUAGGUAGGAUAUCAAAAUAUAUUAUAUUAUUUCGAUUUAAAAUGGAGUGAAAAUCAUGAAUUUUUUUAAUAUGUGAUUCCCUGUCCUGAGCCUCCUGGGAGUCCGGUGGGUGUCUGAAACCCAGACAGAUUUUUUCUUUUCUCCUAUUCAUGUCUCGGGUUAAGUAGCAUUUCUGUUUUUCAAUGAAUCUGUGUCUUUCUUUUUC